GGAACCUUUCACUAUCUCCAUUAGGAAAUCACACUUCACUACUAGCCGUAUGGAUUCAGUAUCAGCACCGGCAGCCUCAAGCCUGCCUAUGGCGCGCGUGGUAUUGUACUGCUGUGAGGUGUCGCCGACAAGCAAGCUCAUUCAGUGGUACCUGAUUCUGCGCCGUAUUCCUUUCACGCAGACUGUAAGUUCCAAUAACCUCAUUGAUUUCGCGUCUCUAUUAUCUUGAUUCAAUUAUUUCAUCCACUUGAAACCCGUCUUUUGGUAGAUCACCUACUAUAUGUUCUCGUCGAACCAUAUCAAAACUAACAGAGUACCUUAGUUCAAGUCGACCGCGAACUUGCAACCGGAUAUCAAACCGUAUCUCGGAAUCAAGUACCAAUGCGUUCCUAUCCUUUGCAUUGGACGAGAUGUCUACUUUGACAUCGAUCUCAUGACGUCGGCAUUGGACAAGGCCUUCCCGCCGUCUUCCACGAACCCCGACCUGAACGGACAUACCUCCUUCGAGGGUGCGGUGGCAUUCGUGCGAAGCGUGGCCACCGAGGGAGGUCUCCUACUACACGCGAUGUCCCUUUCGGAGCGUCCCCUACCGCAGUUGGAAUUCAUCCUGGCCCAUGCAGACGUUAUCGGUUCGGGAUUAUCUGACACCUAUUCGCAGAAUGACAGCCCUGUUGAACAACUACGGGAGACGGCUAUCACGAGUUUUAAAUCCUACAUGGAUCUCAUCACUCAGAAUUUCUUCGUGGGCGAGACAAGCCAUCUAGGAUUAACUCCAACCCCGACGUUGUUGGAGCUUUACGUCGCUUGGCCUCUGAGUUGGCUAUACUAUGCGGCCGGAGAACGCGGCCGGGACAUCAUCGACGAACCCCAAUUCCCACUAGCGUUUGCGUGGUUCGAGAAUUUCAAGCAAGUCAUGGAUGUCGCCGAGGCACAAGUACUCCCACAGGUGUCAAGUGGUUACCACGCCGCGCUCAUGGCCAUGUCGGCUCCGUUCGUGGAACCGGAAGGCGAUGUGGAUCUUGUGGCUCUUAGUCAACACCAGCCCAUACUCGACAGAUUUGCGAAAGGAGACGCCGUCAAGAUGCACUCGGUAUACUGGGGAGUGACCGAGAAGGAUAAGGGCAAACUGGUGAGCGUCGACGAACGUCAGAUCGUCAUUGAAGUCGAGGGGAUGUUCGGAUCCAUUCUAGUUCAUGCACCGACUAAGACGUUCCGCUUGGAGAAAUACGACGACACGAUUGAGCGUGUCGGUCUGCGGGAGUUUCUUCUUGAUGUCAAUUAGGGGCUUAUCGACGACCAAAAACUGAGGACUGGAUUUGCUGUUAUCUGUAUGCCUAGGUGGCUGUCAGGCUGGCUCACUUGAGGAAUACCAAUCGGAAUGACAAUUGAUAUUAACUCUGACUGCGUAGAUUUUGUGACAUGUUAACCAUCAUGUGUUAUUGACACUUGAUGCUUGGUGCUCAAUAUAUCUAUGCCAAGAUAAGGGGCAUAUUCGCGAGUGUGGACUUUGCUGUAAAUCAACAUGAGACUACUGAGACUAUACUAGUAACGGUAAUUCAUUGAAGUCUCAAGUGUUCUAAUAUGAGAAGUAAUAAGAAACGAAGAAACGCUUAAUUAAGCUUUGUAUAGUAACUCGGAAGCUCCUUGAUUGAUUGGCCAAGCUGAAGUUGGUUCACGAAUCUGUAUGGCCUUUUGGGGUCAAUUUCCGAAUGGCAUUUCUAGUAGCUUUAACCGGAGUCGACUGCCGAGAGGACCGGUAGUAUGUAGUGCGACGCUAAUGUAUUCAGAUGCUGUGUGAUGACUUGGAUGUUACCGUAUUAUGUAGCUGAGGUAUGGUGGAUGAGGCAAUGUACCGAGAAUGAUGCGCGUCAAGAUAUAAUCUAGUCCGUUUGAAGCCGACAUGCGGCGAUA